CAAGUUUAUUCAAAAGAUCUCUCGCACGAAAGACACAAAGCUGUACAUGCAUGAUCACAUAUACAGUAAAAACCAGUAAAAGCGUGCAUAUAGGAACCUAACUAUUUUAAAUGAGAACUGUAGUUAAUUAGAAUUUAGAUACUCAACGGCGAACAACAUUGUUACAGGUAACAGGAAAGCAUCGUGCAGAAAGCGAACAAAUAUGUGGAAGAGCUAUAGCAGACGAUUACAAGUCUCUGUGGCCGUUGCAAUCAUUUUAACUUCUUCAAUCUUUCUACAACUUACUUCAAAUAUCUUUUUAAAAACACACAACCAUCCCUCAUAUACAACAACACUGGGUGAUGUCCUGGAGCGGCAAGAAGAUUUAAUUUUGGCGGAUUUUCAAGAUAGAGGAAUAAACAAAACUGAAGUACUCCUAGUAUUGAUUGUGUCUUCUGCUCCGAGGAGAAAAGAUAGACGGGACUCGAUACGACAAUCAUACUGGAAAUACUGCAAAACAUCGCAGGUCAUUUGCGUCUUUUUCACCGAUGGCUUGGUGGACAACUCGACACGUGAUCAGCUACGGAACGAAAGUCGUACUUACGGAGAUCUGCGAUAUCAGCCAUUGCAGGGCGGCAAGGAAUUUGGCUAUCGAUUUUUGCUUCAAAUCAAAUGGGCGAUGGCACAUUACGAAUUCCAGUACUUAUUACGGGUCGAUGACGACUAUUUUGUCUGCCUUAACAGACUUUUAAACGAACUGCCUCGACGACCAAAAAACAACCUAGUGUGGGGACACUUUUACUGCUUGAAAGAUCUAGUUUAUGUCGACGAGGCGUGGAUGAUAUUCUCCGUUGAUGUGAUACGGAAGUUUUUAUCACAAGACGACAAACACUUAGUGUGUCACCCACAUGCCGACCAACAGAUAGCCAUAUGGCUGAAUAACAUUCCUGGAAGAAUUUACUUCAAUGACCCUCGCCUCCACCACGCUAGGGCGGGUCUUAUACCCGAGUUCAAAACCAAGCGUGAUAUAUGCAAUGUGUACUUAGGGGUUCAUGGUGCGUACUCUGAUCUAAUGGCUUAUUUUGGAGAAGUUAGUAAUGACGAAGCAAAGGGACAUGUGAUGAAUAUUGCAGAUUAUCGCUUGGGUUGUCCGCAUUGGGGAUUCGAAUGGACCGAAAUGGCAGGGUUUUAUCGGUUUGAGCCCAAGCCUUGUGUCAACAUGUCUUCGUGGGGAUUGGACCAUAAUAUGUAUGCGGGGGAUGAGGAGCUUGUGACACCAAAAGAAGCACCAUCAUCAUCAUCAACGUGACAUCAUCAUCAUCAUCGGACCCAUUUAUCAGACGGUGGUGCGAUAAUAGGAGAUGAAUAUAGAAAAGAAGCUGAACAAGAACUGAGAGAAAAAAACUAAAGACUGUUUUUUUAACAGCAUUUUAGAAAAUGUGAAAUUAUCAAAAUUUUAUCGGGGGAGUAUGUCCCCGCAUGCACAUAAACGGUAAAAUGUUUUUUAUGCUUAUCUAUUUUCAUUAAAGCCGUCACAUAUUUA